UUACAUUGGCAGCAUUCAGUAUGAGUACACUGGCGGUGUACAGGAACAUCUACACGGAAGAGCAGUUUCACAAGGUGUAUGGCACAGCUAAGGAUUUGGAGAGGCCUCCGCUGACUAUAAAGGAAAAAUUAGCCAGGAGCUGUAAAUGCUCCACUCGUAGUUUCCACACUUUGCUUAAGCAUAGGAUCCCCAUUGUAGGCUGGUUACCCAGGUACAAACUGAGGAAGUGGAUUCUGGGAGAUCUUAUUGCAGGUCUAACGGUUGGCAUAGUGCAUAUCCCACAAGGAAUGGCCUUUGCCCUGCUGACAUCUGUGGCUCCGGUGUAUGGACUCUAUACAUCUUUCUUUCCUGUUUUACUGUACAUGCUACUGGGGACUGGACAUCAUGUUUCUACUGGUACCUUUGCUGUGCUAAGCCUAAUGACUGGCUCAGUCAUUGAUGAACAUCUUUUUGAGAACACAUUACAGAGAAACCUCACCAGUGAGGAGCAAUCAGAAAUAUAUGCUCAGAGAAUAGGGAUGGCUGCUGCUAUUGCCUUCCUAAUGGGACUUAUAAUGGUUAUUAUGUUUGUUCUACAGCUGGGCUUUCUGUCCACGUACUUGUCUGAGCCUAUAGUCAAAGCUUUCACCAAUGCUGCUGCUUUUCAUGUCACCGUUUCUCAGAUCCAGAACAUGAUGGGAUUACCUCUCCCACGUCCUACUGGAUCCUUUUCCAUUUUUAAGACAUUGGCAUCAGUAUUUAGAGCUGCCCAUAUGACAAAUGUUGCAGAGUUGAUUAUAUCAAUACUCUGCUUAGCUGUGCUGAUACCCAUCAAAGAACUUAAUGUUCGGUUCCGAACAAAGCUCCGGACACCAAUACCAGGAGAGAUCAUUAUGGUUCUUGUAGCAACUGGAAUAACGUUCGCUUCAUCUCUAGAUAACCGAUAUAAUGUGCAGAUAGUUGGAAGUAUACCAGCAGGUUUUCCAACUCCCAAGCUUCCUGCCUUGGACAUUAUUCCAAAUGUGAUUGGAGACACUAUCGCCAUCACUUUUGUUGGUUAUGCCGUGUCCGUAUCACUUGCCAUGAUCUAUGCAGAGAAACAUAGAUAUAGCAUUGAUCCCAAUCAGGAGCUGUUGGCUCACGGAAUAUCCAACAUGGUCUCUUCCUUGUUUCAUUGCUUUCCCAGCUCUGCCACUUUGGCUACAACAAAUAUUCUUGAAAGUGCUGGAGGUCAUACUCAGCUUUCAGGGUUCUUUACUAGUAGCGUGGUGCUUGUUGUUUUGAUGUGGGUUGGCCCACUCUUCAACUACUUACCAAAGGCAGUACUUGCCUGUAUAAAUGUUGUGAGCCUCAGACAAAUGUUCCUACAAUUCCAGGAGCUUCCAGAAUUAUGGAAGAUCAGCAAGACCGACUUUUCUGUUUGGGUGGUCACAUGGUUGGCUGUGGUCAUUCUCAAUGUGGAAAUGGGUCUUGCUGUCGGUGUAGUUUUCUCAAUGAUGACUGUAGUUUGCAGAACACAAAGAGCACAGUGUUCAGUUCUGGGAAGAGCUAUUAAUACAGAAAUAUAUCGACCCAUUGAACAAAAUGACAAGUGUUUUGAAAUCCCAGGCGUGAAGAUCCUGUCUUAUAACUCCCCCAUAUACUACGGCAACAGGGACAUCUUUAAGGAAACAAUGAGCAGGAUUGUGGGGCUGACGCAGGAAAAGAUAAGGAGGAGAGAGAAAGCAUUAAAAGCCAUGGAACAAGGCAUGAAGAUGAGCGUCUCAGUUGUGGAUACAGGAAUUGCAAACCCAGUUUAUCAUCUAGAUGGAUGCAACAUAAAACUAGAACAAGACACUGAAAUCAAGUCACUUAUCAUUGACUGCAGUGGGAUUAUAUUCAUUGACAUUGCUGGAGCUCGUCUUUUUAUACAGAUGUGUGUUGAGUGUCAGAAGGCUGGCAUGCAUCUUCUCCUUGCCGGAUGCAAUGCUAAAGUGCUUAGAACAUUGGUCUCCAUUGGUAUCAUGGAUCAUCUCAGUGAACAGCAAGUCUUCAUAUCUGUGCAUGAUGCUGCGUGUUAUGCCGAGCAGAAUAUGGACAGUUUGACGACCAAGGGCCCAAUGGUGUGGGUGUAAGAACCGCCUUUUCUGGGAAUCAGGAUAGAAAGAGCAAAAGGAUGCUGACUGGAUGAAAAGUCCUACUUGGAGACAAGGAGGAUGACUUAUUAAGCAGUUUGGAUCACAUGCUUUACAACACAACCCUGGGAUCCAAGAUAACAGGACUGAGUGUUAAGGAGCACUUACCAUCAUUUUACUCAGCUGGAACAAAUGAGGCACAGACAGCUUUUGUUGGGUUGUAAAAAGAACAUGGCUUAUUUUAUUAAGGAGGUAAAGCUAACAACUGUCAGACGUCAUCAGGCUGUGAUAAUGGACACUUGCAUAGCUACCUAUCGUCAUAUGGAAUACGUUUCAAGACUGGAGACUAUUCAAGAUACACCUACUGUCUUUUCCUCUAGUAGAUUGUAAGCUCUUGCUGGUAGGGUUCUCACCCCCCUCUUUUACGAAUUUCAUGCAAAUUGUACUUGUGUUUUAUAUUACGUAUGUACAUAUCCUCUUACAUGUACAGCGCCAUGGAGUUAAUGGCGCUUUCUAAUAAAUAAUAACUUAUACACACCCUAAACAAUCCUUAAAGGGGUUAUCCAAUGAUGUAAAACAUGAAAAUCAGACAUUAUAUAGUACAAGACCAUCUCUUUAAAAUUAAGCUAGAACCAGCCCGAUACCUCACAUGGAUCCAGAGCUCUGCUUAUUAAUUUUCCCUAUUUCAAAUUGGAAGCUCAGGGACGUGUCCUUUCUGCUCCAGCUUUCUCCCUGUAACUGUCACAGUAGAUUUGGCUGCUGGCAGUAGAAGAAUAGAACUGAGCGUGUGCGACCACCUUCUUUAGGGCGGAUGUGUGUCCCUAGCGGACCUGCUACAUCCACAUGUGAUCGCCAAGCUGACAUUCAUUCAUGGGGCAGGGCAUAAGGUGCUCCCCCCAUCUCCAUCAUUCCAUCUUCUUCUGGCGCAAAUUCUUGGUGCUCU